AAGAGAGACGUCGAAAAACAAACCGUCUGGGUCGCCCUCCAAGAGUGUCCGCGAGGGAGAAACCGUUUGCAGCGGGCUGACUGAAGACACACAGCGGAGCGGCGUCUAGCUGUCAGACCAGCCUCCUCACGGUUCUUCUGGGGAACACCUGGGAAACUCUUCCGACAUUACUUUUUUACAUUUUUUUUUCUUCCAAGGGAGGAAUAGACCCGCGGGGUUGUAAGGCGCGAAGACGACCGCAGCAGCUCCUGGUUCCGGUCCGGUAUGUUGGCGCUUUGCUUGCUGAGCGCCGUGUGGCUCGCGGCUAGCCCGGCCCGCGCGCAGAACGAGACGGAACCAAUCGUCCUGGAGGGGAAGUGCCUCGUGGUGUGCGACUCCAACCCGGCCGCGGACCCCACGGGCACCGCGCUCGGGAUCUCGGUGCGCUCGGGCAGCGCCAAGGUGGCGUUCUCCGCGGUCCGGAACACCAACCACGAACCCUCCGAGAUGAGCAACCGGACCAUGGUCAUCUACUUCGACCGGGUUCUAGUGAACGUUGGGAAGAACUUUGACGAGGAGAGAAGUAACUUCAUCGCGCCGCGCAAAGGGAUUUACAGUUUUAACUUCCACGUAGUGAAAGUCUACAACCGCCAAACUAUACAGGUGAGCCUGAUGCACAACGGCUGGCCGGUGAUUUCAGCAUUUGCCGGCGACCAGGAUGUGACGCGCGAGGCGGCCAGCAAUGGUGUUCUGAUCCAGAUGGAGAAGGGAGACCGGGCCUACCUCAAACUGGAGAGAGGAAACCUAAUGGGAGGAUGGAAAUACUCCACCUUCUCCGGCUUCCUGGUGUUCCCCGUGUAGAGAAAGGGGGCUGGAGGAAGAGGAGGAGCAAGGGGUGGAAACAAACGAGGAGGAGCUGGUGGAAGACGGAAAAAGCGCGAUGACGGAUGGAGCGAGAAAAGAGGGGCAAGAGAAAAGGAUGUGAAUAUGAUGGUGGAACAGAAGAAAAAAAAAGGAAGAGGGAAUGUGACAACAUACUCUGAGAGAUGUUAGAGAGAUGACUGAGAAUGGUUGUGCGAUGGUAAAAAUGAGAGAAGAAUUAUGGAGCCAGUACAUGGAAGUGUAUGGCAAGCUUCUUCACUUCCCCUUCCUCCUUUCAUCCAUCCUUUCAUCCAUCCUUUGUCCUCCCUCUGUAUUUCUCUGUGGCUUGACUGCAGCUUUGGACAGCCAAAACUUUUUUUAUUCUCUGCCGAAAGACGCAAAUUGUUUCAUUUAUGUGUUCCAGAGUGUUCUAAAGCCCAAGUAUACCCCCCCCUCCUUUCUCCAAAUUCAUUCAAUCAAACAUUCAUCCAUCUCUGUCAACAUAAGCUUCUAAGAAUGUUUCCUGAAGAGCUGCCCACAUUUCCCAUUUACCGUGGCCAUAUAUAUUUGUAGUCUUUAUUUUUUUUUCCAUGCUUGACAUAAAUUGCACUGAUUUUGGAUCAGCCUUUAACCCCAAAGCCAAACUAGAUUUUUUUUAUAGGGGAUACAAAAAAACUCUGGUCACAAAAUCAGGUGCUACAUGUACAUACCCUGUAAAGCUGUGUUUUCUAGUUAUCAUAAUCAUUAUUUGCUUCCAAAAACAACUUUGAGCCCAAGAACGUUUUUUUUCUUGUCUGGUGUUCAAAGUCCUCCACCACGCAACUCAAGUGCGAUGUAUAAAUAUAGCGCUUCUUACACAUUAUCCAGGCAGCAAUUAUGUUUCUGUACAAAAUGUAAUUGGGAAAACAAAUUAGUUUAUGAAUGUCACAAGGUGGGGGAGAGACACAGUUGCUUCCUGGUUGUUAACUAUCAAGAAACUAGAUAUUUGAAAUGAAUACACUACUGUCUGUCACAAUCUUUCAAAAAGCACUACAGAAAAAAAAGUGAAAGUUUUAUAUUUCACUGUGCUGAAAAUGUGCAGUUCACAGGAAAGAUUACAACAGCAGGUAUUUCAUGUAAACUGUUAAAUGUAGAUUCUUAACUGUGACUCUCUUGUGACAAUAUCUAAUAACCCUUAGAUUGGUAUUGAUACAAGUCACACAGAAAGUAUUGCUAUAUCUUCCUCCCUCACUGUUUUUUUUAUCAUAUCUCUGGCAGCCACACAAACAUUCGAAUCGACCUCCAUCCUUUGUCCAAACCUUCAUCCUCCCUCCCUUCCUCGGUCUGCCUCUCUCCCUUCAUCACUGCUAAUUAUUUUUUUAUUCAUAUUUGUGCCCCUCUCCAGGAUAAUCUUUUCUCUUCGACUAUGCUGUUGACCCACAAGUGCAGAUUUCUCUCUCUCUUCCUUUUUGGUAUACCUCUGUUAUCUCCCCUCUGUCCCCCUCCCCAAAGAGUCCAUCUUCCUCUCCUUCCUCAUGUCUGUACUUUAUCUGCUGCUGUACUCGUUAGCCUCCCAGCACGGAUCCUUCCUUGCUUUUCUUCAAUGUUGGACUUUGGACACUGAAACCAACUAACAUCCACGAACUCUACAUAUAUAUAUAUAUAUAUAUAUAUAUAUAUAUAUAUAUAUAUAUAUAUAUAUAUAUAUAUAUAUAUAUACACAUAUAUAUAUAUACAUUUACACAGUAUAUAUACAAAUGGAUAUAUAAAUAUAUCAAAAUCUAAGCCACCAUUUCUAUUCUACUGGUAUUAUGAUGAUAAUAAUGAUAAUACUAAUACUGAAAACUGAAUCUGGUUGAUGAAUAUAAUAUCUGUAUUUCCGUACUUCAAUGUUAUAUUAAAAAAAAAAUAUUCUAUGAGAAAACUUAUUAGUGAUUGUGUGUGGAAAUCUGAGGCUGCCGUUCUGCUCUUCUGAUUAAAAAGAUGCUUCUUGUUUUUGUUUUGGAUCAAACCGAGUUGUGGCUAAAAAGCUGAGAAUACUACUGAUUAAAAAACCUACAGCUGAAAAGGAAUUUUAUUUAUAGUUAAUAUUAUUAUUUUUUAUUAUUAUUGUUAUUAUUAUUCAUCAAUCAAUCAAAUCAAUUU